AUGUCGUCCAGCACCACCGCCUCCAACCCCACCUUCCAGUUCCGCCCGUCGCAAGACCGCGGCGGGUCCAACCACGGCUGGCUCAAGACGUUCCACACCUUCUCCUUUGCCGACUACUACGACCCGGCGUUUGAGAACUUUGGCUCGUUGCGCGUCAUCAACGAGGACCGCGUCGCGCCGUCCACCGGCUUCCCGACCCAUCCACACCGCGAGGCCGAGAUCUUCUCGUACGUCAUUAGCGGCGAGCUCGCGCACAAGGACAGCAUGGGCAACGUCGAGACCAUGGUCCGCGGCGAUAUCCAGAUGACCUCUGGCGGCACGGGCAUCCGGCACUCGGAGUACAACGACAACAAGAAGGACGAAGUCCACUUCCUCCAGAUCUGGGCGCUGCCCAACGAGCGCGGGCUCAAGCCGGCGUACUAUGCGCGCCACUUCUCCGACGCGGACAAGACGGACAAGUGGGCGCACAUCGUUGCGCCGGUGUCCGCCGAGGGGGUGAUUGACGAGCGGGACGCCAAGGGCCCGACGCCGAUCCAUGCCGCGCUCAACUUCUUCGGCACGCUCCUCAGCUCUGGCAAGAGCGUCGAGCACACGCUCCUCCCCCGCCUCAAGGGCCCGGGAGGCAACAAGCUCGCAUACGUCCAGCUCGUCCAGACCUCGGGCUACAACCCCCGCAAGGCGCCCACCGACGGCAAGGGCGGCGCGCUCGUCAAGGUCACGCUUGGCGGCCAGGAGGCCACCCUCGGCGAGGGCGACGGCGUCUUCAUCCGCGGCGCCGUCACGGGCGACCAGCUCGUCGUCGACAAUGUCGGCGACAAGCGCGCAGAGGUCGUCCUCUUCGAGAUGGACGCGUAA